GUUGACAGGGACGUUGAUAGUGAACAGCUCAUUGGAAAAGCCAUACAUGUAAAAGAUAUCCUUUUAAGACUAGCAGAAACAGUGAGAAGAAAAAGAGGAAGCAAGUUAUGGCGACUAAGGUUCCUCAGAUCGCUAUUCUGGGAGCUGGUCUUUUUGUGAAGACUGUUUACAUUCCGAAACUCGCCGAGAUCUCUCAUCUCUUCCAUCUCAAAGCCAUUUGGAGCCGUACUCAGGAAUCUGCUACGGCGGCCGUAGAAAUAGCCAGUGAGCAUUUCGCCGGCGUGGAGUGUAAAUGGGGAGAUAGCGGUAUUGAAGAGAUCAUCCAAGACGGAUCCAUUGAUGCAGUUGCUAUCGUAUUGGCUGGACAAAAUCAGGUUGACUUUUCACUGAGGCUGCUAAAGGCUGGUAAACAUGUUCUUCAAGAGAAACCUGCAGCAUCAGGUAAGUAGUGUUUUGCUAUGGUAAUUAUAUACUUCUAUUUACAUUAAAUUGUAUAAGAAUUGAAUUGAAUUGGAAAAAUAGUUUCUAUGAGCUAAAACUGAAAAACUGACUAAACUGUAUUUAUUAUCUAACUGAACUGUUUCUCAUAUACGAUCUCAACAUUUUCUUUAUGAACUCUACUUAGAAUAUACUGUGGACAUUGAAUUAAGUUUAAAAAUAAAAGUGUUGUGUGAGAGAGAAGUACUUUUGAUGGAUAUAAGCAAGGAGAGUGAAAUGAGAUUUCCAAAAUCAUAGAAGACAAUUUGGUUGACAUCUGACUAUUUUCACUAAGAAAGGUAAUAUUGGUACAAAUUUUCAUCUUUAAACUGCCAACAGUUCAGUUCAGCAGUGCACUGAAAUACUCUUUUUGCAAUUUAGUUUUUCUGAACUAAACUUCCAGCAUACUUUAGCUUUUACAAAAAGCAUUUUAGUUUUUCUUUCUAAAAUGAAUUCAUUGCAGUUCUUGAAGGUUUAACUCUAUUUUUAUGCACCUCUCUAUCUCCAUACACACGAACACUUUAGGUUGUUUUUUCUUUUCCUCUUUUAUUAUUACUGGUUUAAAACCCGUGCAUGG